UGAUCUAGAAUUGGCAAUAGAAAAUGACAAAGAAAGUGGAGAAACGGGGAAAACGAAAACUAAGGCAAGCGAGAAAACGGACAGGUUGUUGGAACAGGAAACAGAACAAAACGAGAAGUUGAAGCAGUACAACAACGCACAAACGGGGAAAACUACGGAAAACGUUUCUGAGACAACAGGUACGAGAAAUUCAGCAACUACAGUUCCUUUUGCAUCAGAAAUGGUUAAUAAUACAACAGCAAAAUUGCCCCAUCUCUGGAUGAAAACCCAAAAAAUAUUUACUUUGCCGUGGGUUCAAACAAGGCGUUUGUCUCUUGCAAAGUUGCUAAGAAUUCAAAAAAUUCCUACACUAACCACAACUCCUUUAAAUACAACAACUACUACUACAACAACACCAACCUCAACCAGCACUAAAUUACCCAAUAAUAUCACUCCCACAACUAAAUUAGCUACAAUGUUGUUUACUGCAGUUGAUCAGGUUGACGAGAAAAAUGAACUCGAAUUUAGUAAAAUUUAUUUAAAAAAUUAA